AUGAAUGGAGUGAACUUUGCUUCUGCAGGAACUGGUGCCCUUGUGGAAACUCAUCAAGGAAAAGUGAUAGACCUUAAAACACAAUUAAGUUAUUUUAAGGAAGUGGAGAAGCUACCAAGGCAGAAAUUAAGCGAUGAAGUAGCUAAGACAUUGUUGUCCUCUGCUCUUUACUUGUUCAGCAUUGGAAGCAAUGACUACUUUGUACCUUUCAUUACAAACCCCACUGUGCUUCAAUCCUACAACAGAAAUGAGUACAUCAGGAUGGUUUUCGGCAACCUGACAUCUGAUUUUAAGGAGAUAAAAGUGGCAUGUUAUGGCGCUGGUCCGUAUAGAGGUUCCAAGUGUGGUCUGAACAAGUUCGAAUUAUGCGAUAAUGCGAGUGAAUAUCUCUUCUUUGAUGGAAUUCAUCCAGCGGAUGAGGUUCAUAAUCAAUUUGCAAAGUUGCUGUGGAGUGGAAAUCCUGAUGUUGGAGGGCCUUACAAUCUCAAAACACUGUUUGAGGAAUAG